AUCAGUUCAAACAAAAGGAGAAGGAAAGCGAGCAAGGAAACUGAGCAAGGAAAGGAAAGUGAGCAAGGAAACUGAAUUAUAUUAGAUGGGUUAUACUCCAUAUAUAAUUCACGAAAGCAUUGAAAGGAAAGUGAGCAAGGAAACUGAAUUAUAUUUUUCUGUGUGUGGAGACCUGUAUGCGAGCUUACUCUAUGGGCACAGUAUAGACCUAUUAUUGGUUGUUUUGCUAUAAGGGGAAUUCAUGCAUUACUUGAAGUUCACUUUGUUGUCUGAAUAAAAUGCUGAUCUGCUUUCAUACGACGUAGCCUGAAUCUAUUGCCAUGUCUUCAUCUAUCUGUCUUUGUAUGUGUGCAAUGUGGAAGUCUAGUAGAGGAAGAAUAGCUUGUAAACGAAGAUAGUUCUUAGGGAAUUUGAAAUAAUUAGGCAUUUGAAGGUCGAGGUGGAGGACUUGGAGGAAUUAGAAAAAGAAAAGCAGAAGUAUUACGCUUCAGAAAAUGCGGAGAUGGAAGAGUUCAUGGAGCAUGUGGGGAACUUUGCGGUCGAAAUGCAUGUACAAGUAGAAGAACUGAAAAGUGACUCCAAUGCGCUGAAGGCGAAAUUUGCGGAACUACAAGGCAGCCUCAACCAUUCGGAUAACUCCGAGAUAGCUGCAGCAGAGAGAAGAAAAUCAGAGCUCCUAACUAUCAAGCAGAGCAUGGAGAGAGAGAUGUCUCUGAAACACCAAUUCAGAGAGCAGUUGAGAAGGCAGCUUGCAAAUCUGUUGACCUACCAAAAGCCCACAUAGAGACAAAUGGUUUCACUUGUAAAGCCAAGGGCCAUUCCACUUCAUGUUGCUAACUGGCGAAACUCCGUCAGCUCAUUUUCCAAUUAUCGUUCCUAGUUCUUCCGUCACGCGUGAUGAAAACGCCACAGGGCGAAAUGAU